UUCUCUGUCGCGGACCCGCAGUCUCUUAGGUCAUUUCCUACUGUUCGUUGCUUUGAUUUCCUGCUCAGGUCUGGUACCAUGGCACCCACUCAUUUGACACUGUUCCCAUCUUCAGCAGCUGGUCUGCCACGAAAAAGCUCUAUGAAGAGGAACAACAAGACACCAAAUGCGGACGGCGAACUGAACCUCAAGGGCGUUGCCUUUCAAGUCGUUGGUGCGAAAUCUACGACUCCCAAGAUCCAAGCUGCAUCAGAAACCUUCCAGCACUCCCUGUUUUGCGAUCCGUCGGUUGCCACGCCCAAAAGCAUCCCGUCACCCAUGUCGUCCGCGACUUCCCCCUCCACUACGCAUCUGGGACCAAUACGACGAACGAGCCGUACACGGCGCAGGUCGAGCCCCAUCAUAGAAGGACCUGACUUCGUCGGUGAGCAUAUUGCCCAGGAAGACAAACUUUCAGAACUACCACGCAACAUGCACUUCGGCUCCACCACACCACCGCGAAGAAGCCUGUCUUCCGCCUCGCAACGACAGAGGCUUCAGCCAGCCAAUAUCUCCACACAAGUCACGACUCGUGCUGCAGACGAAUUGAUUACACCUAUCGACGAGAAAGAUGCUGUAUCUCCUUUACCAGAGAAGACUCGCUUCCAAUCCACAUCACCGAAACAGGACUACAAUGCACCUACCAGGACCGACAGUCCAGCGCGGAGCCCUGGCUUCGCUCCACCGAUGCGUUCCAUAUUCCCACAGUAUGACCCCAGUCGACCUCUAGACCAUCAGUCAUACUAUCCCACAGCUCGAGCACAAUCGCCGCCAGCCUAUCACAGUCCUGUGGCGAGCAGCAUCGGAAGUCCCAUACAGCGUCAGGAGCUGAAGCGUUACGACUCAGCUGUGGGCUUGGUAGACGGCUACGAGCACAUUCCUGCAGCCGGCCAUGCCGAUCUGGAAGCACUGUGGAAGGCCUCUAUCGAGUCGUACCCAUGUGACGGACGUAAAGUCCAAUAUAAUCUCUAUCAGGCGACAUCUGAUCCAUCGAUCAAACUCGCAGUCGGCACAUCCCACGAAGACCUGAUGUACUCAAUGAUGCGUCAAAGCACAUCUGGGACGUCUCCCAAGCGCUACGCUCUUCGCAAGCAUUGCCCGACGGCUCCCUGCUCUUCGCCAGUGUCAGAACUUGUACUUCCGGAAAAGAGCGAGGAUCCCAGAGCCAAGGACCUUGAAGUCACGACCAUCUUCCCGCAGACCGCAGCAAUGGCCGCGAUCGAAGCCGUCGCAGACUCGCCACGAGCACGCAAUAUCGCGACCUUUGAUCCAAGCGCUCAAUCUGCCGAAGCAGCAAGAUUGGCCCAAGACGCAGUGGCCGAAGCGCAUCAAGAGUAUGCUUGCGACCUCAUCAACAAAUCACGGAAACGAGACGCACUGUCAAGUACCGUUGAAGCACAUUAUGAUCUCAAGCAUCCCCAGCUUGGCGUCUGUGCCAUCACUGUGACCAAGUCUCAUCGGAGUACUGGAGGUGCAGCUGCAAAGAUCUCCUUUCAUCAUCCUUCAGCUACCCCAGCCGCAGUCAGCGCCGACACUCUAAAUUUGGCGUUCCUCGACUUCUCACACGAUGCUUGCGUGCUUGAUCUUCCCGGCCUCUUGGCGCUUGACUCCAGAUUUGUAGUUGACACCGUCGUCUCUGCUCUCCUGGUAGUAGCCGUCAUUGAGAACGAAGCUUUGGUACGGGAGCAAAUAACCUUCGCUGCACCUCCUGUCCAGCAUCCCGUCGCCGGCGCCAGCAAAGACAAGAAGAAGUCUUCGAACGCGACAAAACCUUCUCGUCGCUCGUCAGUGAGCUCGACAGCGUCGAGCAAGACCAACUUCCUCGCUCGAAGGAAAGAGAAGAAGGAGAUCAAGGAGAUGGUUGCCGUGCAGCCACCAAUCAAAGAGGAGAAAGAAGAGUUUCCAGGUUUUACGAGGGCGGUGUUUGGUCUCGUGGGAUUGGGAAUCAAAGGCAGCUGGUGGGUCGCGAAGACAAGCGUGAAGGUUGCUGUGAAGGGGGUAAAGAUGGCGAGGAAGUCUGCAGAGGGUCCGCCAGAUCUACGAUAGAUGAUUGCAUGGAGUAAUGCUAUACGCGUC